UGCCCGGUUAGGCAGCGGCCAGGCGCGGCGCUCGCUGCGCGGCCGCCGGUGCCUCCUCUUCCCCUGGCCUUGCCCGCCAGCGGCCGCGGCAACUGCCAGGCCCGGGGGAUUGCACGCCGCCGGCCCCUCCUCUACCCGAGGCGCUCCCCGGCUCCUCGCGCGCGGCUUAUCAGCGGAGGAAUUUGGCCGCUGCCGUGGGCCGUCGCGGGAGCCCUGCCGGGGCCCCUUCCCCGCUCGGCCGGCGGCGCUGUUAGAAGUGCGAGCGGAGCGCCCAGCAGGGCUCGGCGGGAGCGAGUGGGAGAAACGGCAGAAGAGGAAACGGGGAAGAAAGAAAGGCGGCCAGGGACGCGAGCGCGAGCCAGGCGGGGAGGCGGAGCGGAGCGACCCCGAUGGCCGCGGAGGAAGUCACUGGGGGCGCGCGGAAGGCGACGAAAAGCAAACUUUUCGAGUUUCUGGUCCAUGGGGUGCGUCCUGGGAUGCCAUCGGGUGCUCGCAUGCCCCACCAGGGGACCCCGAUGGGUCCCCCAGGCCCACCCUAUGUCGGAAGCCCCUCUGUACGCCCUGGGAUGCCGCAGGCGGUGAUGGAGCCCACACGCAAGCGGGCGGCCCCCCAGCAGCAGCCGCCGCAGCAGCAACAGCAGCAGCAGCAGCAACAGCAACAGCAGCAGCAACAGCAACAGCAGCAGCAGCAGCAGCAGCAGGGAGCUGCGACGCAGAAUCGGUCCCGGAGCGCCAAGAGGCGAAAAAUGGCAGACAAAAUUCUCCCUCAAAGGAUCCGAGAGCUGGUACCGGAGUCUCAGGCCUACAUGGACCUCCUGGCGUUUGAGCGUAAGCUGGACCAGACCAUCAUGCGAAAGCGAGUGGACAUCCAGGAGGCCCUGAAGAGGCCCAUGAAGCAAAAGCGGAAGCUGCGCCUCUACAUAUCCAACACCUUCAACCCCGCCAAGUCAGACGCUGAUGAUUCAGACGGCAGCAUUGCCUCGUGGGAACUGCGUGUGGAGGGGAAGCUGCUUGAUGAUCUCAGCAAACAGAAGCGGAAGUUCUCCUCCUUCUUCAAGAGUUUGGUCAUUGAGCUGGACAAGGACCUCUACGGGCCAGACAAUCACCUGGUCGAGUGGCACCGGACACCCACCACCCAGGAGACAGAUGGCUUCCAGGUGAAGAGGCCAGGAGACGUCAGUGUGCGCUGCACUCUGCUGCUCAUGCUGGAUUACCAGCCUCCUCAGUUCAAGCUUGAUCCUCGCCUGGCCCGCCUGCUGGGGAUCCACACACAGACCCGCUCUGCCAUCAUCCAGGCCCUCUGGCAGUACAUCAAGACCAACAAACUGCAGGACUCCCAUGACAAGGAGUACAUCAACUGUGACAAAUACUUCCAGCAGAUCUUUGACUGCUCACGGCUCAAGUUCUCCGAGAUCCCGCAGAGGCUCACCAACCUGCUGCUGCCACCGGAUCCCAUCGUUAUCAAUCACAUCAUCAGUGUGGACCCCAAUGAUCAGAAGAAGACUGCCUGCUAUGACAUUGACGUUGAGGUAGAGGAUCCCUUGAAAGGGCAAAUGAGCAGCUUUCUCCUCUCAACAGCAAACCAGCAGGAGAUCACAGCCCUGGACAACAAGAUUCACGAGACGAUUGAGUCCAUCAACCAGUUGAAGAUACAGCGAGAUUUCAUGCUGAGCUUUUCCAAAGACCCCAAAGGGUACAUCCAGGACCUUCUCCGCUCCCAGAGUAGGGAUCUCAAGGUAAUGACAGAUGUGGUGGGGAACCCUGAAGAGGAGCGGAGGGCAGAGUUCUACCAUGAGCCAUGGUCCCAGGAGGCUGUGAGCAGAUACUUCUACUGCAAGAUCCAGCAGCGCCGGCAAGAGUUGGAACAGUCUCUGGGGGUGCGCAAUACAUAAAAGUUUGCUAGCACCAGGUUCCCCCCCCGUCCCCCACUGUUCCAUCAAGCAUGGACUUUUCUGUGUUCCAUAACCUGACCCUUUCCACUGAGAAUGGACCUGCUUCAUGACUAGCCUGGGAGAUCCCACCACAGCACCAGCAGCACCAGCUUUAGAGUGUGCUUUGCCCCACCCACCACUUCCUCCUCCUCCUUCUCCUGCACAAGCUGCUCAGACCGGCCCAGGAGGAGGUGAGAUUUCUGUCUCCAUCAUUUAUCCUUGUCAGUAGCUGGUGGAGACCGAGGCCUGUGUGUGGGCUGCGGAGAGGGACUGGAGAGGCAAGAGGCCAAAGUCCACAGUAGGAGGUUCCCAAAUCUUUCUCAGUGUCUUGACUGAUGAUGCUCUGUCCUGCGGACAGCCUGCACCUUUGCAGCUCAGUGACCACGCUACUGUGUAAGAUAUUCCUGGUACCCAUUUGCUGCAAAUGGUCACAGCAAUAAUAAGUCCAGCUGUAGAAGGAGUUCUGGUACAUACUCUAUUGUAGGCUGCAUGAAGCUGAUGAACCUUGAAAAAGGUGGUGCAAUGCUAGGGUGAUACUGAGAUUGCAUGGAAGAUUGAUGAAGAGCAGCUGCUUUCUUCAGAAUUGGACUGGCCUCUCUCUUGACAGGUUGCUGCCUGGGAGACCCCUUCUGCUGUGUAGUAAAGCUGAGCCUGGGGAAGGGGGUCUCUUGCGGCAGCCCUGGAUCUGGUGGCUGCUGAGGGCAUUUCCCUCACAUGCGGGAGAUCCAGGGGCAAGUGAGGAAGAAAAACCGAUCAGCCAGAUGUAUAGUUGCAUGGCAGGAGCAUUGUGCUGAUCCUUCCAACUGGCAGGUCUAGGAAGAGUGAUUGCUGGAGCCCAGCUGUAGAGCACUGCCUGCAAGCAACAGGUGGGUUCUGCCGAGGCCAACUCAUCCUGGCCCCCCAAGGCACGAGGGGAUGGAAAGCUGCCCUGGCAGGCAGCGCGGACUCUCCUGGACUGGGGAGUCAUAGCUUCCCUCCCUUCUCCUUCCCAACCUUACUGGUAAAGAGUCACUGCCGCCGGGGAAGGGGCCUUGGCUGUGCUUCGGAAUGCCAGGCUUUAAGGAGUGCUGACACAGAGCUUGGAUUGGCUCCGGGCUGGUCUGACUUGACUGCUGUCUACAGGACUGCCCUCGCCCAGGAACGUGGGGGGGAGGCCGCCACACAGCUGCCUGCCUCCCCCAUGGGAGGGGGCACCUCGAUGCAAGCCAGCCCAUCCUGCUCCCGCCUGCCAGAGUCAAUGGGAAGAUGCUCAACUUGGAUCCUCGGCGAGAAGCUGGCAUGGAGGAAAAGCGGCCCACCCUGAUCAGCGACCGCACUUUCAGUGGAGGAACUACACUGUGCAGGUUGUGGGGGCACCAGCUGGGUGCCCGCAAGAGUGUGUCGGGGAAGAGGAGUGUUGUGCUGCUAACUGGAGCCCCAGAGAGCAAGGACAGAAGAGCAGCCAAGCGGCAGCUGUGGUGAAGGGCCACUGCCUGGUUGGCAGCGCAGUUCCCAUUGUGUGAGAUGAAACCAUUGCAGAAAAGCAAUGGGCUGCACAGAAGACAAGACAAGUGUGGGUCAAAUGUCUGUCUGUCUCCCAGACGUCUCUCUCAAUCCCCUGGAAGCAGAAAAGGGGUGGCAGACUCUCUUCCACCUGAGGUGGGGGCUGGCUGCGUGUCCCAGCUGGGUAUGGCUCGGCCUUCUGGAGUUCAUCAUAGCAGAAGGUGGUCAGAAUUAGACCUGCCCUCUUGGUUGGCUGGCAAAGGGUUCUGGAGCACAUGGAAGGAAACCCAGGGCAGCACAAGAUGGACACUGACUUGUCUGCUGUUAGGACCACCCUGAAUCUCCAACAAAUGGGGGGGGGAGUAAUCUGGAAAGCAAGGAAAAGCUCCUCCUCCUCCUCCCCCUGCCUCUGCCCCUUCCCCUCCCAACUUGUGUCCCACAGAGGCUCAUGGCAUCCUUCAGUGGGUGGUAAGAAAAAUGCAAAGGUACCUUCAGGUUGUGUGCAACGUAGUCCCCCUCAGGCUGGGACUGAAAGGAUCAAGCAACCAAGCAGAUUCCGUGACUGGGUGAAAGUCUCGUCAUGACUGUGCUGUUGUUUUACAGUGUUUGUUUUUAGCCCGUGAUUUCACUGGCAGCAAGAUUGCCCUUUGGCCCUCUUUGGGGACACACAGUCACUGGGGCCAAGAAGGAAUCACAAGCCCCACAUUACUCCCCACUGUGGCUGCUGUUUCUUUGUUGUUUGGUGCAGAGUGAUUUGUAGAACAGCAUUUCAAUAAAAAAGACCUUCAUUGC